UAAAAUGUCAUGUGACGUAUUUGAGACAUAAAUAAAGAUCCGCCUACAAAGUAAGAACUUGCCGCGGUACGGUAGAAACCAUAACUUCAAUUCCAGCUUAUACUGAAUUCAGAAAGUGAAGGUGAGACCUACAGUGACUAAUCGCACAAUGGCUCAGGUAACUACUCUACAGCGUCAGCUUUCAAGAUUUGAAAUUGGAAAUGUUCAAGGGCUUAAUGACCCCAACAAGAGAAAAGGAGAGGGUAGUUACGGCACUGUGUACGAGGUGAUGGUUGAUGGUGUGCCAAGAAUAGCUAAGCAGCUUCACAGUGUGUUGAUUGCUCCAGAUGUUAGGCGUGAUGAGAAACGAGGUAUUUAUGCGCGAUUCUACGAGGAGUGCUUGUUGCUGAGUGAGCUAGACCAUUCCAAUAUUGUCAAGUUCGUUGGUAUCCAUUUUGGCUCGACUAAUAUAGAAUUUGAUGUCUCCCUUGUCAUGGAAAAGCUUGAUACUGACCUCGACAAAUAUUUGAGCAACAACAAAAAUGUUCCUAUCAAUCAAAAGCUCUCAAUUCUGCUUGAUGUUACCACUGGCUUGCUUUAUUUGCACACUAAGAAUCCACCCGUAGUUCAUCGUGACCUCACAACAGGGAAUGUCUUAUUAUCGAAAGAUUUGAGAGCGAAAAUUGCUGAUUUUGGUGUUUCUAGAAUCAUGAAUAUCAGUCCCAACAGGCUGGCUUCUCAAACAAAAUGCCCAGGUACACUAGCUUACAUGCCUCCCGAAGCUUUGCAAGAAAGACCAGUUUAUGGAAAAGCACUAGACGUAUUUUCUUUUGGAGCAUUAUGCCUUUGUACCAUUCAUCAAGAGUUUGCUGAAGUGUUCAAUGUAUCACACAGUCCCAACCUGCAAGCUGCACUUGAGCGCGGGGAGAUCGAAAUCCUGAGACGCAAGAAAUGGUUUGAUAUGAUGCCUGCCGACCAUUGCCUUCGAGAUAUUGUGAAAGGCUGCCUUCAGGACCGACAAGAGAGGAGACCUAGCACUGAAAGGCUUAAGGAGAUGAUAACUGAGCUGGGUAUUAAAGAUUGGAAACAGAUGCAUGCUCAAAACAAAUCACUGGUGGCUGAAAAUGAGACAAUCAUGGUUGAAAGUCAGGCAUUGAAGGAAGAACUCCGGACCAAGAUUACAACUGUAGAAGAGCUGAAUAGCAAAGUGAAAGCAAUGCAAAUGCAAAAUGAACAGGUACAAUCUCAAGUGGAGGAGCUGAGGAAAGAAAAGCAUUCUCUUUUAACACAUUUGCAGCAGCUAUCAAACUCUAUCGAACCUUUGAAACAGCUAAAUACACAAAGCCAACAACUAAUCAGCGAGCACAGAAAUAUCCAAAGAAAACAUUCUACUGUUUCGGGUAAAAGCCGCCACUACGAGCCUACCCCAGGUGCUCAUCUACAACGACAAGAAUCCGAUCGUAAAUUGCAACAACGUAUACAACCGACUGUACCGGUUUUGGGCAUUCAACAGUUGGAGAGACCUUCCUCCGUGCCUUUCGACUUCAAUCAAAGUCAUUAUCCUGCUAACAUUCACCAAGGAGGUAGCUAUCAAGAUCCAGUCAACAGCGUUGAUAACUUGCCACAAGGUCAUUACCAGUUUCAGAAUCAGCCACAACCAGGACAGCCACGGAAUGUACCACCCAGUAACCACCCCUCUCAAUGGCCGAACCAGCAACCAUACCUGCAAGACCACUACUACCAGCAGCAGACAGCACAGCCUGGUCCUCCUCAGGAUGAACAGCCACGGUCACUACACUAUAACCCACAGCAACAGAAUUAUGGACCGUCAAAUGAUCAGCACCAGAGACCUCACUGGUGUAACCCUAAUUCUCAACGGGAGGGCCAUCGUUACCAAGGUGCCGAACAACAAGCGUGCAACUAUCCUAUUGAUAGUCCGCAACCUCAGCAGUACAAAACUCAAAAUCCGAAUUGUUCCGAAUUUCUUGUCAAACCCAACGUCCUCCAAGAAGGCAUAGAUCGAGAGAUUAGUGAGGCAGCUGCUGCAUUGAGUCAGGUGACGAGGAAGGAAGGAGAGAGGGAGGGUGCUCCACUAGACCCCAACCUGAUCUGUCCAAUGUGUAUGAAGCAGUAUCGCAUCGGAGAAAUACAACUGUACAGAGGUCAUGUCAACAAGUGCGAUGGAAACUGACAAAUUUUAUUAAUCCCAUGCUUGUUUGUAAGCAAUGCAUGCCAUGUAAAAGACAAGAAACUGUCGAUCUGUGUCAUAUCAUCCAUUUUCAGCUUUUGUUUGCUAUUAUAAUUUCUGACGUAGAAUAUAUACCUGCAUGCAUAUAUAUACGAUUAUAACAUUAUUGCUAUC